UACGAUCGAAUCCACCGUUCAACCUCCGUCAAGUUCGCCGCAAUAAACGGCGCACGGACGUUCCACAAUAAAAGCAGAGGCUGCGGCGCGUAGCGGUGCGCGGGCGGCGCUUCCUUUCUCCGUGGCUCCUCUGCGCUCUUUGCGCACUUGACGCACCGAGCGUCUUGCGUCGCCGGUGGAGGAGGCGUUGGCGCAUCGCGCUGCCGCCGCCGCCGCUGACACACGGAUCGAGUGUCCUGCGCUGAAAGAGGAGGGGGGGGGGGGCCACGGCACUGACACGGGGCCGCUCGCGCUCAGAGGACGGAGUCUGUGUGCAGCUGUAGGUUCGGCUUUUUUAGCGAUCUCCUCGGCAGCUUCGGAAUGAUCAAGAACGGACAUCAUCACCACCAGACGGGACCCGCGGCCGGGAAAGACGCGGAGACGACCCCGGGCGCCGCAGCCUGCAGUCCCGAGAAGAGGAGGCGGAGGAUCCGGGUGUGGUGCGACGGCUGCUACGACAUGGUCCACUACGGCCACUCCAACCAGCUGCGGCAGGCCAAGGCCAUGGGCGAUUACCUCAUCGUGGGCGUGCACACGGACAGUGAAAUCGCGAGGCACAAAGGGCCGCCGGUGUUCACCCAGGAGGAGAGAUACAAGAUGGUGCGAGCCAUCAAGUGGGUGGACGAGGUGGUGGAGGGAGCGCCGUACGUCACCACGCUGGAGACCCUGGACAAGUACAACUGCGACUUCUGCGUCCACGGAGAUGACAUCACGCUAACGGUGGACGGGAAGGAUACGUACGAAGCCGUGAAGAAGUCGGGCCGGUACAGGGAGUGUAAGAGAACCCAGGGCGUGUCCACCACGGACCUGGUCGGCAGGAUGCUGCUGAUGACCAAAGCGCAUCACAGCAACAUUGAUAGUUCAGACUAUCAGCAGCACACAGACAACUUCGGAAAGGGCCACAGCCCCUGGACGGGCGUGUCUCAGUUCCUGCAGACCUCGCAGAAGAUCAUCCAGUUCGCUUCGGGCCAAGAGCCGCAGCCCGGGGACACUGUGAUCUACGCGGCCGGGGCCUUUGACCUCUUCCACAUCGGCCACGUGGACUUCCUGGAGGCAGUGCACAAGCUCGCAGACAAGCCAUACAUCAUAGUGGGGCUGCACUUUGAUCAGGAGGUGAAUCGUUACAAAGGGAAGAACUACCCGAUCAUGAACGUCCACGAGAGGACGCUCAGCGUGCUGGCUUGUCGAUACGUGUCAGAGGUGGUGAUCGGCGCGCCGUUUGCUGUCACCAAAGAUUUGCUGGACCACUUCAAGGUGGACCUCGUUUGCCAUGGGAAGACAGAAAUAUACCCGGACAAGGACGGCUCUGACCCUUACGCCGAACCGAGGAGGAAAGGAAUCCUUCGUACCGUUGACAGUGGGAACAGCCUCACUACUGAUGCUAUUGUACAGAGGAUAAUCAAAAACAGGCUGCUGUUUGAGGCGAGGAACCAGAAGAAGGAGGCCAAAGAGAUCGCUGUCAUCCAGGCCAUGAAGCGAAAAGAGGAGGAGAAGACUAAGGAGAGAGCUCAGGCGGUGCUGUAGGACCGUGACCCCCCUCCUUCCCCCCCCCCCGUUAACCCGAGCACUGACGAGCUCAAUGAAUCCCGUGUCGCGUGCAGUAAAAUGAACACUUACAUAAGCACCGGGACGCCCUGCACACACAUUCCUGCGCAACUAGCAGCAGCCUGUGUCUCGUCGGAGCAGCGCCGCCUGCCGUGGGCUCGCCAGGUGCGAUGUAUGUGUGCGUUGGGCGUCUGCUGCGUAUUAAUAUGCAUAUGCAACAACAGGUUCGUGCCAGUCUCAUGUGUAAAAAUAUUUAACUACUAGGCUAUGGUACGAACAAUCAAAAUGUUGGACUAAGGAGAAUCUCUUUAACUGUCUGGUGUUAUUAAUUUAACUACCUUCAUGUUUAGAUGAUUAAUAUACAGAUAAUUGUAUGUGAAUAGACAGAGACAGAUUUUAUGAUAUAUCUGUCUGAGAUUGUUGGGCCCAGAGAUUCAUUGGGCGUUAAUUCUAACAAGGAAGCGACGUGAUGUGUCAUUUCUUUGGGACUCUUGCUGCUUUCUGCCCAGCAAUGGGAUGAUCUUUGUACAUACUGUAUGUAUUUUACUUUAUUUUGGUAACAUUCUUUUUCACAGUACUGGCGGAGUCAGGAAGCCACAGGUUCCCACCGUGGACCUCUGACACCCACUGUGACCUCAAUGAUAAACAUCUAGUAGAACUACUAUAUCUUCUUUCUGACACCUCCAACGCAGAGACAUUAAAACAUAGUAAAAGUAGAACUGAGGGCAGAGCUGCUGACUUUUAGGUGUACCUAAUAAAGUGGCCAGGGAGUGUGUACUUGUAUAUUAAACAUAUCUGUUAUUUACUGAUCUUAUAAUUAAUUUACUUUUGCAGUACAUAGCGUUAAUAAAGUUUAAAAGCUCAUCAGAUCAAACAAAAAUCAAUCUUAGAUAAAUGCACAAGUAUUUUAAAGUAGGAAAGGCUCUAAAUCCUUCUGCUUUUAACCUGUUGCUUUGAAGCUUGAUGAUGUUGAAUCUUUGAUAGUGACCUUUUCUGGGGACCUGCUGUUCCCAGAAGCAUCUGUGCUGUUUUUUAAUUGGUGGAGCAAAUUUGUAACUCUGAAAGUACAACUGUUGAGCCUGUUUGGCAUUUCGAGUGCAUUGUUUUUUUUUUAGACCAACACUCCUAAUACGAAGACUUCAGAGGCUUUUUUUUAACCGCUAUGUUUCAUAGUGAAUAUCUACAGAGGUCACUUUUGAGUCCUGAACAAUUUAAGCACUGUAUAUCAAAUGGGAUUAAAUAUAUUUUUUGUAGAUGUAUAUUUUACUCACCUCCUCCAUCUACUACUGUACAGACAUUGUUUAUAAGCAUAAUAAUAAGUCUGUAUGUAAAGUUGUAAUGUAUUAAUCUAUGUUAUUGACAACUUCUGCUUGAAGAUAAUGAGACUGCAGUGUAUUAUUGUUGAUAAUAAUAACAGUUUUAUUCCAUUGA